AUGCGCUUCCUAUCUUUCGCCGUUGUUGGACUUUCCUCCCUCCUCCAUCUUGCAGCGUCGCAAGAUCUUUCUAGUCUCCCAGCAUGUGCUGUGACCUGCGCCGUCAACGCCAUCUCUAGCACCGGCUGUGCAGCUACCGAUGCUGCCUGUGUGUGCCAGGCAAGCAGUUUCCUCACUGGAGUGUAUACGUGCAUUUCUGGCUCUUGCAGUGCAGAUGAUAUAGCUGCAACUCUACAAUUUGCCCAACAAUACUGUGGAUCCGCGGGCAUCAGCAUUACCCUUCCCACGGCCUCUGCCACUGCGGCGCCGACUUCCACUCCGAGCUCAGCAGCCAGUAGCCCGGCGACAGCACCCGCCUCCGUGACCAGCAGCUCUGUGCCAGCGAGCGGCGCCCCCGCUGCAACCUUUACUGGUGGAGCGCAGAUCUUGAAGCAGCAGUGGGCAGGCGUUGCUGGGGUGAUUGGACUGGGUGUUGCCGCCGUGCUCAGUACUAAUAAGAAGACUGUCGGUCUCGUUGUGCACAGUUCAUUAUUUAUUGCGCAAUCCUACUUGAACCCUCUUCGGUACAACGUGAUUGCGGUCGACGUGGACGUCCAAGCUCUGGAACACGCAAAGGAGGCUGGUAUUGAGCACGCCAUCAACUCUCGCACUAACCCCAACGUCUCCGAACUGGUCAAACAGAUCACACCAGAAGGAACAGGCGCCGACGCCGUGGUCGUCUUCACCGCGGCCAGGAUGUCUGGCUCGUGGAAGCGAGAGGCAAGGGGUAGGGUUCUAAGCCUGCCAGAAGCGGAAUCACUAGUUGUGCUAUGGGAUUCAAGAGCCCACCCCCUUGGCUUCAAUGGCUUAUGA